CCACACUCUUGACCCUUGUUAGUACCCCAGGCGGCGUUGCCCAGUCACCCUGAGUGCGGUAGUUAAUGAAGGGGGCGUGGUCUGAAGAGGGAGAGGAGGCGAAAGGUUGGUCCGGGGACUUUGCUACGUGUCUCCCUGGCCUUUAAUAGCCCGGCUCCGGGAGCGAUCAUCACACACACGGCUCCUGCUCGUUCCCGGUCACAUCAGCCCGCUCCUAACAUCAUGUCUAAGCCGAGUCAUUUACAGAAGUCCACCAACGUUGUGUAUCAGUCUCACCAUGUGAGCAGAAACAAGAGAGGCCAAGUUGUUGGUACCAGAGGGGGUUUCCGAGGCUGCACUGUUUGGUUGACAGGCUUGUCUGGAGCUGGCAAGACAACGUUGGGGUUCGCUCUUGAAGAAUACUUGGUAAGCCAUGCUAUUCCCUGCUACUCUCUUGAUGGCGACAACAUCCGUCAUGGGCUGAACAAAAACCUGGGCUUUUCCUCUGAGGAUCGAGAAGAGAACAUCCGCCGUAUUGCUGAGGUUGCAAAACUCUUUGCGGAUGCAGGUCUGGUGUGCAUUACAAGCUUUAUCUCUCCUUAUGCCAAGGAUCGCACAGCAGCUCGCAAAAUACUGGAGGCUGCUGGGUUGCCUUUUUUUGAGAUCUUUGUGGAUGCUCCUUUAGAUAUCUGUGAAAGCAGGGAUGUGAAGGGUUUAUACAAGAAGGCCAGAGCUGGAGAAAUCAAAGGAUUCACUGGAAUUGACGCUGAAUAUGAAAGACCAGAAGCUCCAGAACUGGUGCUGAAGACCAACCUGAACUCUGUGAAUGAAUGCAUCCAGCAGAUUGUGGAGCUUUUACAGGAGAUGGCUAUUGUCCCAUCAUCGGCUACAAAGGAUGUCCAUGAAUUAUUUGUGUCUGAGAACAGACUGGAUGAAGCCCGGGAAGAAGCUGAGAACUUGCCUUCAGUUCAGAUCACUAAGCUGGACCUCGAGUGGGUGCAAGUUCUAAGUGAAGGCUGGGCCACACCACUAAAGGGAUUUAUGCGCGAAAGGGAAUAUCUGCAAGUCAUGCAUUUCAACACCCUUCUAGAUGAUGCGAAGCAUAACUCAGAUUUAUCAUUCACAAAGUCUUUUGGGGGCAUAAUCAACUUGAGUAUUCCGAUUGUGCUGCCUGUAUCUAAGGAAGACAAGGAAAAACUAAAUGGAGUUAAAGCACUCGCCCUGUCAUAUGAAGGACGGAGAGUGGCAAUUCUGAGGAAUCCAGAGUUCUUUGAGCACAGAAAAGAGGAGAGGUGUGCUCGCGUCUGGGGGACGACUUGUACUAAGCACCCUCAUGUCAAAAUGGUACUGGAAAGUGGAGAUUGGUUGGUUGGUGGAGAUCUGGAGGCCCUGGAAAGAAUCAGAUGGGAAGAUGGUUUGGACCAAUAUCGUCUGACUCCUCUUGAGCUGAGACAAAAGGCUAAAGAAAUGAAUGCAGAUGCAGUCUUUGCUUUCCAGCUGCGUAACCCUGUCCAUAACGGACAUGCAUUGCUGAUGCAAGACACCAAGCGUCAUCUGCUGGAUAGGGGUUAUAAGAGCCCUGUGCUUCUCUUACACCCUCUGGGAGGGUGGACCAAAGAUGAUGAUGUUCCACUGGACUGGCGCAUGAAACAGCAUGCAGCUGUGCUGGAAGAAGCCGUUCUGGAUCCCAAGUCAACCAUUGUUGCCAUUUUUCCGUCUCCAAUGCUGUAUGCAGGACCCACUGAGGUUCAGUGGCACUGCAGAGCUCGUAUGAUCGCCGGAUCCAACUUUUAUAUUGUGGGGAGAGAUCCAGCCGGCAUGCCUCAUCCUGAAACUAAGGAGGACCUGUAUGAGCCAACCCAUGGGGGAAAAGUGCUCAGCAUGGCACCAGGCUUGACCUCUGUAGAAAUCAUUCCCUUUAGAGUGGCAGCCUACAACGCCAAGACCCGAAGCAUGGAAUUCUACGAUAAAGAAAGGCACAAUGAGUUUGACUUCAUCUCUGGAACUCGGAUGAGAAAACUGGCACGUGAAGGUGAAAACCCCCCCGAUGGCUUUAUGGCCCUCAAGGCCUGGAAAGUCCUGACGGACUAUUAUUGCUCUCUAGAAAAGAAUUGUUGAUUUGAACAAACUCCGGUGCAAAUAAUGUUUUAGUCUUAAGAUUUUAUGUUUUUUAGAACUGAAUGUAUGAAAUCUAUUCCUAUGAUAGUUAGUAAAAACACAUAAUUUUUAUAGCUUCAAAUACAUUUCUUAUCACUAUUUUUAUAGGUUAAAUUGUUUCA